UACAUAUGAAAUCUAAACUUAUCAAAUUCUAUAAUCUACUGGUAUUCGUGGUCUUAAGUUGUGAAAACAAAAAAAAAGUUCACGUCGUAUUUUUAAUUACAAACUGAAACAUAGCGAUCAAUACAGUGACCCUAAAUUUCACAACUUAAGACCACAAACACCAGUAGAUUAUAGAAUUUGAUAAGUUUAGAUUUCAUAUGUAAUUUUAAUUUCUUUGGCUUUAGAUGUAUUUCUUUUCACAUUUCUGAUAGAUGUUUACUAAUUUGUAUUAUUGUUAAGUACAUUUCUUAUUAUUUUGCCAUUGAUAAAAGCCGAAACGUUUGGCUAUUAUUAAAAUCUAUGGUUAAUAUAAGCAAUUUACCUUUAAUUCGUGUACACGAUCCGUAAAAGCAGCAACUAUGAAUAAUAAUAAAAAAUAAUUACCAAUCAGGAGAAGAAAUAUUUUCUACAAUAAUAAGAAACAUUUUUCUCCCUGUUUUAGCAUCGGUGGAUUCAACUGGUUCCGAACCAACAUAUUUAAUUUGGGAUAAAAAUGAUGAUGCCGAUCUUCGUUUUGUUACGUCAGCGUCUAACAUUCGUGCAUAUAUCUUUGGUAUUGCUCUCACAUCCAAAUUUGAUGUUAAAUCAAUGGCCGGUAAUAUUAUUCCGGCUGUAGCAACAACAAAUGCCAUUGUUGCUGGUAUUACCGUUUUGCAAGCAAUAAAAACUUUGGCAGUAUUAACCACGGACCAUCAUUUAACAUCGAUUCAGCAUUUAUCAAAUGUUUUUGUUUCAACUGAUCGUUCAUCAGGUGCAAUUAUCCAACGAAUACCAUUAGAGGAACCGAAUGAACAUUGUUUACAGUGCAAUGAACAAGGAAAACCGGUACGAGUACGUUUAAAUAUGUCAUUGUUUACACUACAAUCGUUAGAAGAUAAAUUAAUUAAAAAACAUUUAAAAAUGUUCAAACCGGAUGUGUUCAUAUCAGACGGACGAAUAUUAAUAUCGGCGGAUGAUGAUACUGACGACGAUCAGAAUGAAAUGAAAUCAAAAACAUUAGACAAAUUUAAAUUAUUAAAUGGAACAAUUUUGACAUGUGAAGAAGAAUGUGAAGAUGAAACUAAAUUCAAAAUAAGAUUGAUGUUAGAACAUUCUGAUACAAUCACAGAUAAAGAUGAUUAUGUGAUCGUUGAUGAUCAAGUAAUUAAAGAAAUUGAACAGAUUCAACAGCCUAAAACGAGUUUAAAACGAAAACUAUCACAGUACAAAGAUGACAAUAAUGAUGAUAUUCUUCCGUUGGAAGAUGAAGGAGAAAUAAUUAAAAAAGCAAAACCAUUAACAGCAUCGAAUCAACAUAAUGGAACAUCGCCAACAGCUAAAAUACAAACAGAUUAUCGACCACCAACGACAGAAUUUAUUAUUGUCGUUGAUGAUGAAGAUGAUAAUAUUGAGGAAACAAAAACAACAAAUGGCGAAUUACAUUCAAAAUAUGAGGAUGAAAAUGAGAAUAAAAGAAAUUAUGAUAUUAUCAAUAAAAAAAUGAUGAAAAUGAAAUAUUAUAGAAGUGAAAACGGAAUAAAUAAUAGUAGUGAUACAUGUGUGGUGUUAGAUGAUGAUUCUGUUAUGACUACGGAAAAUAAUACGGAUGAUAGUGAAUGUUGUAUUGAUAUAUCGGAUGAUUGA